AACGCCACUGUUUGCAGGCAGCUGAAGUCUUUUGGUGACCACAGAGAAAGCCGUUUUUCUAUAUUAGCUUUGAAUUGGCUGCUUUAACCAGGGAAACGUGGUUUGGUCCUGAAAUAGAGAGUGAGUCCUGAUUUAUGCUUCCUGCUGUCUGCCCAUUGCACUGUACUCAUAACAGAUCCUGGGUGUGAUAGCUGUUUCCUAACUCAUUGAUUUGGUGUAGACAGCACUGCUGAGCUUGCCUGUGAUUUGAAUGUGGCAGUGUAAAGGUUGCAGUUCAAAGACCUCAACUAGAGGCCAGUUGCUUAAACAUUACAGAUUAAAACAUCCGCAUUAUGGGCGCAGGCACCCAUAUCCUUGCCCAUAUAUGAUCUCGGAGUUCAAGAUCCGAUGGCCAGGACUGUUCACUGUGGCAGAGGUGGAAGCAGAAUUUGUGAGGAUCACUACUGGUUCCCUUGUCUCAAAGUUCCAUGCACAGCUUGACCAACACACUGCCCAGCUCAUCAAAGUGUUCAAGAAGAAUGGAGGCUCUGCAGGGACUAACAUCAGCAGGAUUUUGGUCCCAAUCACACAGAAUGAAACUGUUGAAAAGAGGAGAGAGUGCAUCCUCAGGGCGCUUUGUAUCUACCUGAACGAAGACCCAAACAUCCUCUUCAAAGAAUACCUGGAUACUGAUGGUACUGCUGCACAGAGGGAGCUUGAGCGACUUACUCUUGGCAUCUACAUCAUCAAAGUCGAAGGAGGUGAUGCCACCACUCCUCCAGCUGAUGUUGGAAUAGUGAUCGAGGGUGUUGAAGUUCUACAUGACUUGGGAGACGUCACCUCUGCAUGUGCUCUCUUAAUGGGUGUAAUAUAUGCAGUGAACCUCAGUUAUCCCACGGAACUGAAGACCUUCUUUGAAGUACUUCAAAAGCUCUUCCUUCAGCUGGAUGCUGGCAGACUCUCCACCAAGGUACAGAUGCUCAAGAACAAACUGUAUGAAUGAAUGUACUGUAAAUUGUUUUGCCUGAUUUUGCCAGUGGUAACCAAUUAGAAUGGAAAAUCGCAGAAAUUGAAAUCACAAAUCUUCUAGCUGAAGUUCUUGUUUAUGUAGAUAUUUAAACUCUUUGAUAACCAGCUAAGAACUCCUUGCAGUGGCUGCAACACGAGCUGACAUGUUUGUAAAAAUGUUAAUAUCAGUUUUUUCCAACCACUACUAAAUUAAAGGUUGACAGCAGCACGUGUGUUGUUAUAGUUUGAUUUGAUUGUUAAAUUUUGCUGUUUCAAAAGAAUUGAGGACUACAAGCUUGUUAUAUUGUUAGACAGUAAUACUGGCAAAUCAGGGAUGUUUUGUUGGAUGUUUCUUUUUUGUAUGCUGCAUCAAGGUGGUUUAUAACUGCUAAUGUUGGGUAACAAUGUGACAAAACACAAGCUGACAUGUAUGUUAAUGACAUUUCAGGGCAUUCCCUCCACAAUAUUAAGAUGAACGUUGAUAGCAGCACAUGUGUUGUUAUGGUUAGAUUAUCAUGCUGUUACAAAAGAAAAGAGAAAUGCAAGCCUGUUGGACUGCAUAAAAGCUGUUUACAACUGUUCGUGUUGAACCAUGCUGCUCCCUAAUGUCUGCUAAGGGUUUUAUUUUGGACUAAGUGGCAACAAAAUGUUAAAUGAAUAUUGGUGAAUAAAGGAAAUAACAAAAAUA